AGGAUUUGCUCAGAUUUUCAGUAUCUUAUAUAUAAGACGAUUACAGGAGCGUAAUUAAAAGCAUAUAUCAGUUUUAUUUGUUCACAUAAUGGCGAACCUAAGGGCUUCCUGUAUUAGUUUCUUGCUUUGUUUUACAACAUGUAUCAACCUGAUUAGCUCCCAUUAUCUGCCUGAAAACCAUGUUGCUUUGUUCAUCUUUGGUGAUUCACUUUUUGAUCCUGGAAACAACAACUAUAUCAACACCACCGCCGAUUUUCGGGCUAAUUUCUAUCCUUACGGCGAGACCUUCUUCAAAUGCCCUACUGGCAGAUUCUCAGAUGGUCGACUCAUCCCAGAUUUUAUUGCCCAGUUUGCUGGAUUACCAAUAAUCCCAACAUAUUUACAGCCUGGAAAGCGUAAGUUUACAGAUGGCGUGAACUUUGCUUCAGGUGGAGCCGGUGCUCUCGUUGAAUCCCAUCAAGGAUUUGUUGUGGACUUAGAAACUCAAAUAAAAUACUUCAACAAAGUUGAGAAAUCAUUGAGACAAGAACUAGGAGAUGCAGGUGCCAAGAAAUUGAUGUCCAAAGCUGUCUACUUGAUUAGCAUUGGAGGCAAUGAUUACUUCACCAAAAACUCAAGUGUUUCAGAUGAAGAGUUUGUUUCCAUGGUGCUUGGCAACCUCACUGUUGCUCUCAAAGAAAUAUACAAGAAAGGAGGGAGGAAAUUUGGGUUCCCAAAUCUGUUACCACUGGGUUGUUUACCCUACAUGAAAGCACAAUCAGGGGGUUCUUGCAUUGAUGAACUGACAGCAAUAGCUAAACUUCACAGUGCUGAACUUCUCAAAACCCUGGUUAAGUUACAGAACCAGCUUGAAGGGUUCAAAUAUGCUUAUUACAAUUUGUAUCAGUCUUUUACUGAAAGGUUGAACAACCCUUCAAAAUAUGGUUUCAAAGAUGCAACGACAGCAUGUUGCGGCUCUGGUCCGUACGGAGGAGUUUAUAGCUGUGGAGGGAAAAGAGGGAUAGAGGUGUAUGAACUAUGUGAUAAACCUGGUGAUUAUUUCUUCUUUGAUUCAUAUCAUCCCUCGGAAAAGGCCUACCGGCAAUUGGCGGAGUUAAUGUGGGCUGGCAAUACUGAUAUCGUUUGGCCUUACAAUCUUAAAAUGCUAUUUCAAGACAAUGCAUUUUACCCGUAGAAUAACUUUUUUUUUAUUUCGUAUUAAUUCCAAAAAUAAGAUAUCGUGUAUUCGUAUAAUUAUAUGAUAUAAAAUUUCUUACUUCAAUAUUUUAAUAAUAUCAUCUUUUAUUAUGUUUAAA